AUGGGUUUGGAUUAUCAGAUUUUUCCCAUCAACAUCUUAGAGAAUGACCAGUUCCAGCCCGAUUUUCUUCGUAUCUCACCGAACAAUAAAAUCCCCGCGAUUGUGGAUCAAGAUGGCCCAAAUGGUGAGCCGAUUUCAGCGCAAUCUUGCAAUAUCUUGGCCGUAAAACAGGACUGUAUUAUCCAAGCGAUGAGCAAGAUCGUGUUGAAGUCGAACAAUGGUUAA